ACAGACAGUUUACACCAAACAACACUUAUACAUCAAUCAAAAUUGACAAAAAAAUGUUGCCCUUUUGAGAAAAAUGGCAACAAAGAGCAAAAACAAAGUAGUUUAAAAGGAAUAGGGUGGAGACAUAAAUAAUCGUCUUUUAUUAGGCAUGUCUCUUAAAAGUAAAAUCGCCAUCGUUACCGGAGCUUCGAGAGGAUGUGGAAGAGGAGUUGCUCUUCAACUUGCGGAAGCUGGAUGUACCUUGUACAUUACUGGACGUGCACCAUCUAAAACUCUUUCUUCGGAGCUAACCUAUCUUCCAACAUUGGAGGGGACCGCUGAAGAAUGUAGGAAACGUGGUGGAAUUUGUCAUGUUCGAUAUGUCGACCACAGUAAUAUGGAUGAAGUGGAAAAAUUCUUCGAUGAAGUUGCAAGUGAAACCGAUAACCAAUUGGAUAUUCUAGUGAACAAUGCAUUUUCCGCAGUGACUAAAUGCGGAUCAGGAGAUACCCGAAAAUUUUUUGAACGAGAUCCAGAAAUUUGGGAUGACAUCAACAAUGUGGGACUUCGCAACCAAUACUAUUGCAGUGUAUACGGUACUCGUAUAAUGAGGAAGAAUGGGAUGAAAGGUCUGAUUGUGAAUAUCAGCUCGCUGGGUGGAAUAAUGUACUUGUUCACCGUCGCCUAUGGUGUUGGAAAAAUGGCACUUGACAGAAUGUCUUCGGAUAUGGCACAAGAGUUGCAGGACACUGGCAUUACUGUAAUCUCACUUUGGCCUUCGGCAGUUAAAACUGAGCUUAUCACAAAUAUGAUUGAAACAUCUGCAGGAUCUUGGGGCGCGACGGAAAACAAAAUGUUCCUAAACGGAGAAUCAACCGAGUAUUGCGGAAAAGCUGUGGUGGCAAUUGCUGCUGAUCCGAAGAAGAAGUAUUGGAAUGGAUCAACAUUAAUCACAACUGAUAUGGGGAACUAUUACUCUUAUACUGAUAUUGACGGCCGAAUCCCAACCAAUAUGAGACAACUCCGAGGACUGCUCAGCCUAGCCGGGUACCAUUCGAUGGCAGGUUGGUGUCCUGAGUGGGUCAAUCUUCCUGGAUGGGCAAUCACUUUGUGGCAAAACAAAAUUCACUAUUGAAAAUUGAAAAUUUAUUGAUCAUACUGUUUUAUCAAAAAAAUGCUACAAA